AUGGUCUGCAACAAGUGCCAGAAGCUGGGUAAAGGGACCACCCUCGCCACUCCGGGAGUAAAGAAGAAGAGCGAGAUGUACUACGGCUCACCCGCAUCCUCGUCCUCGUCUGCUUCGGGAACCAAGUCGGCAACUCUAGGACAGACCGGCAUCGGCAAGAGCAAGCUGCUGUCCAAGAACGCAAAGAAUCCCUACGCCCAGUACUCCAGCUCCUGCACGAAAUGCAAGACGAAGAUCUCUCAGGGUCACUCGUACUGCAAUAAAUGCGCCUAUCAAGCGAAUAUCUGUGCUAUGUGUGGAAAGUCCAGCACAAAGACCAAGGCGGGCGUCCCUGUGGUGUCAGGAGCGAAGUUCACUCUAAAGUGA